GCGACCCCAACCCCGACCCAAAGCAGGGCAUCGGCGCACGUGCUGCUCGCCUCCUCGCACGCACGGACGGGGCAGAGCCGGCCAGCCAGCCAGCCAGCCGCCGCCGAGAAGCAGUUGGGGAGGUGAGUUAACACGAAAGCGAAUCCUCUCGCUUUCGGUUCUUCAUUCAUUCGCCACCGCCACCUCCCUCAUUCCAUCCCCCUGGGUUCGGUUUGGAAUCCGGGGGAACACCGGCAGCCGGCAGGGGAAGCCACGGUCGCACGGCAUCCUCCCCCAUCCACAACCGCCAAGCGUGCUCGCGUACGCAGCCGCCGCCUCCUCCCCGAUCCGCCCAACAACAUCGCGCGAUUCCGUGCGCCCAAGAUCCGGUUAACUUCUCCUGUUGGCAAACUCCCCGACUUGGUACAAAGACUUCUGAAGUUGCAGUAUUUGGCAGCACUAUGAAACCUGAUUGGUUCAUUUUCUCCAAGCUUGAUCAUAACGGAGGAUACCUGCACAAGUUUCCACUAGGCUCUCCAAUCCCGCAUGACAUCGGGUUAGGAUUGAUAUCACAAGUUGGGGCUUUAGUCGAGAGUUCCUUUCAGCAUCCGCGGCAUGCAUGCUCUACAGGAAGUGGUGCAGUUCAGGAAGCAUUCAGCUGCUUCAACAAGGUUGCUGGAGCUUUCUAUUUCUGCCUUUCUAGAGCAUCGAAUCCCAAGAUUUUACACAGGUUGUCCGCUAUUGCGGGCUCUGGUUCAAGAGCCUGUCGGGCACAAAUAAAGCAAGUGACCUCUUGCAUGCAGCACUUGGCUGGAUUGCAAGUCAGAGAAGAGCAUGCUAUACAAAUGCUCUUAGCCAAGCUUGCAAACGCAACGCUUGGGCGAGCGUGGAAUGAGGUUGAGGAGCGUCAUGCCUGUAACAUUCUUAUGCUAGCUGCCGCUAGUGUAAUACCACCAUUUGAAAACAUAUCGCCAAAGAUGCUUGCGGACUCAAUGAUGUUGGGAAAAGAUGGUGACCAAAUCAGAGAACAUGUUGAUCAGCCUUAUUUGGACGAAAGGCGCCCAGGUUGUGCUCGUGUUGCUGUGCCAAGAACAAUAUUGCCGGAAGAUCUGACAGAACCAAGAACUGGGAUCAAGUUCCCUACUCUUCUUGAGGAGAAUUCCAAUCCAACCGCAGAGGUGCUUGUCGGGAUGGGUUACAGAAGUAUGCGGAUAAUGAAGGUCAAAAACCUGAAUCUUUAUGCCUUUGGAUUAUAUAUACAACCAGAUUCUAUCUGCAACAAGCUGGGUUCAAAGUAUGCUACUGUUCCAGUUGCCGAGCUGAAGGAUCACCCGGAUUUCUAUGAAGAUCUUCUGAGGGAAAAUAUUCAUAUGACAGUCAGACUGGUAGUUAGCUACAAUGGGCUUAGCAUUAGUGCAGUGCGAGAUGCGUUUGAGAAAUCUCUUGGCUUUCGACUGCAAAAGAUGAAUCCUAAUACUGAUUACCAUUGCCUAAAGACAUUUGGUUCUUACUUCAGGGAAGACAUUCGAAUACCUGUGGGUACAAAGAUCGACUUCCGUCAAACAUGUGAUGGCCAGCUUAUAACUGAAGUUGAUGGCAAACAAAUUGGUGCUGUCCAGAGCAAAGAUCUUUGCAGGGCUUUCUUCGAUAUGUAUAUUGGUGACCCACCUGUUUCAGUGGAGACCAAACAAGACAUCGCCCAGAAUGUGGGUGGGCUCAUUAGAAGAUGCUAGGGUAAGAGCAGACGGUCGUAAUUAUUUCAUUCUUCUAUACGGGGGAAAGGGCAUAUAGAGACGGGAAACCAGGAGAAGAUCAGUUGUAUGUAUAGUAGUGAUAGAUCUGUAACUUGUAAACUAUAGACUGGCAGAACUUGUAACUUGCAGAGGCUUAGCAUCUUCUCCUGGGCAAAUGCCUCCAUGAUUUUCAUGUUGGUUGGCAUUUGCUGUUUCCUUGCCAUUGUAUCAUGUACACUGAUCCCGUUAGAAGCGUAGCAGAGAGCGCGUGUUUCCUGCAUCAAUAACAAAAUAAUGGCUUCGGUUUUUUUCGACUGA